CCCUUGUUGCAAGUCGUUCCAAAGCGAACCCCUCCACCACUCGACUUGCGCCUCCGCUCCUUCGCCUGCCUCAUCUGGGGCACAAUCCGCCACCAUGUGCAGGUUCCUGGUGUACAAAGGCAGCGACGAGAUCCUGCUCUCGAAGCUCGUCCUCGAUCCGGCGCACUCUAUCCUCAAGCAGUCGUUUGACUCACGCCUCCGACUUGACACUCGUCGCGGACAGAACAAUGCCGAUGGCUUCGGCAUUGGCUUCUACACCGACCCGAAACUCGGCGCCGCGCCGUGCCUCUUCACCUCGACCACACCCGCCUGGAACUGUGUGAACCUGCACCGAUUGGCUUCCAAGACGGCGUCGCGGUUGAUCUUUGCCCACGUCCGCGCGACCACCGAAGGCUCUCUGAGCGAGGACAACUGCCACCCAUUCUGUCACGGCAGCUUGAUGUGGAUGCAUAACGGUGGCCUGGGCGGGUGGAAGCAGAUCAAGAGGAGGCUCGGCGAACGGCUGGCCGACAAGUGGUACCUGGGCGUAGUAGGCGGGACCGACAGCGAAUGGGCGUUCGCCUUGUUCCUCGACACCCUGGAACGUAUGGGACACGACCCCAGCUCCCAGCCCGAGAACGGCUUCGGGCCGACGGUGCUCAGGAAGGCGAUGCUCAAGACGAUUGCCCUGAUCAACGAGCUGAUCGACAAUAUUCCCGAGAGCGUCAUCCACGCCGAGAACGUGGACACCAGGAGUCUCUUGAACUUCGCCGUCACGGACGGCCACAGCAUCAUCUGUACUCGUUAUGUCGGCAGCUCGUCCGACGAGGCUGCCAGCCUGUACUACUCGUCGGGCACGCUGUGGGAAACGAGAGCGCCAACGCCCGAUAGCCAACACUACCUGAUGGAGCGGAGCGAUAAGGGGGCGGAUGUGGUCCUGGUGGCCAGCGAACCGCUGACGUUCGAAAGAGAAAAUUGGGUUAACGUCCCAACCAACUCGAUUCUCACAAUCCACAACCAGACCGUCAUGGUCCACCCAAUCAUAGACCGGUACUACGACCGCAAUCCACACCACCGCCGCUCAACCGCCUUCGUCCGCACCAAGGGACUCUCUGCCAAUGAAAAAGAUACAUCUCGGUCCGGCACCCCCUUCAGUCCCCCAGGCUCCAUCCCGGCGAUUCCCUCCGCACCCCACUUCCCCGAGCAGCCGGAACCGCACAAGCAGCGCUUCCGGGGUCCCACCAUCCCGACCAUUCCCUCCAGUCUCUCCCGCUCCUGCACGCCAGACGCCUUCUCCUCCACCGCCUCGACGCUACCCCACUCCCGCACGCCCCUCUCACACGCCGAAACCGCGGCGCCAGACCCGCAAGCCCUUCAAGUACCUCCCCCGCCGACGGACAUCAGGGCGCUCACCGACCCGCCGAUCGCCCGGCCCGCGCCGCAGCAGCCGCCCGCGCAGGGGAACAUCAAGAAGAAGCGGGCGUCGCUGAGCGCGGUGGAGGCGGCGGCGCACCGCCCUGGCGCGGCGGCGAUGGCGCAGCAGUACUUUGACGCGAGCCCCGUCACGCCGGAGCCGGUACGCACGGAGUUUGGCAAUCCCAAUAAGAUCGCGCGGCUGUUUCCUGAGUUGGCGUAGCAGUGAGGCCGGGUCGCAGCGUGGUUCUCUUUUGCGUGGUGUUGGGCAUGGUGAGGGACAGGAAUGGGAUAGGGCUUUGAAGAUCGUUCGUUCGAGUUAGGCGACUGGCGUUUUCAGGGUGGG